CUUUCAGUAUUGAGAGAAGCUCCCUGGAGUGAAUUUCAUUCAUACAAAUGGAGCGUCUCCGGGUGUGGGGUGUUUUCAGCCUCAUCGUUCUCACCGCUGCCCAGAAAACCACAAACGGCCCCCACCCUCAGCCCUCCUACCUGCUCCUCGCUCCCAAAGCCCUCAAACCUGGAAUCCCAACAUCUAUAUCAGUCACCAUCCUGAUCCCUUCACUGGUCACUGUAUCUGCUCACAUUGUUCGUGGAAACCUAACAAUGGCCUCGAAAUCUGUUAAAGUUGAAGGAGGUUCAACCACCCUGCUGACUUUGCCGCCUAUUCGUGACAGCGAGCCCAAUCACUGGGAGGCCUACAUACUGGAGGUCAAAGGUCACAGAGGAGAAGUCCAGGUUUUCUCCAGCUCCACAAAGCUCUACUUGGACCUCGAAGAUAUCGCCACCUUCAUUCAAACAGACAAAGUAAUGUACUUACCUGGGCAGACGGUGAAGAUCAGAGUUGUUUCCAUUCACUCUGAUGGGAAGCCCUUCAUCAGCCCCGUGGACAUCAUCAUCAGGGAUCCGAGGGGAAACCUGCUCAGGCAGUGGCUGGCUGCAGACAGCGUCCUUGGCAUUGUGUCCAAAGAGUUUCAGCUGUCUGAAAACCCUCCUCUGGGUCAGUGGAGCAUCAUUGCUACAGUGAAAGACAUUUCCAGUGUGAAGUACUUCACUGUGGCUCAUUAUGUGCUGCCAAAGUUUGAGGUUGUGAUCAAUGCUCCGGAUGUCAUUUACCGUGAGGACGCUGUGGAGGGCUCCGUCACAGCAAAGUACACUUACGGGAAGCCCGUUCAGGGACACCUGAAUAUGACGUUCAUUUAUCGCUUUCAUGGUACUGUCGAGUUUUACUAUGAGGACAGAGAGAUUAAUGGUACUGAAAGGCUCACAUUUGAUGCUCCUGAUUAUUUCCAAAUGAGAAAUGAUUCCAAAAUGAUGUACUAUGAGGGAAACGCUGAGGAUGUAACAGUUGUGGCUCAUGUGACUGAACACCUCACAGGCAUUACAUACAACAGUACGGCAAAAGUACGUUUCUCAAAAACCAGAUAUAAAGUCUCCUUUGAAGAAUAUCACAAAUUAUUGAGGCCCUCUUUAACCUUCAGUGCCAGGCUGAAAAUAUCCACAUACAACAACCGGCCACUGUCACUGGAGGAUCGGCAAAAGUUUGUUAAAGUUUCAGUGAUUCAGCAAGAGCAAAGAUUUUGGGCCUGGAUCGGAGACAUGGUGAUCGACACGGAGCCUGAAAAAUCAGACAGUUCAGGAACUUCAGAAAGUCCAAAGGAGAUGCUACCUAAAGAAAUGAAGUUUCCUGUCCCUGCAGAUGGACUCAUACCUUUCAGCAUUGAAAUCAUGAGUGAAACAGACAUGCUCAGUAUUGAUGCUUCUUUUGAGGACAGCCACAGCAAUCUAUAUAUACAGCGAAGCUACACAUCCCCCAGUGAGAGCUACCUGCAGAUUCAGAAACCCUUCACACCUCCCGAGGUUGGUUCGCCCCUUCUGCUGCACAUUGAAAGUAAUUUUCCACUGAAUGAGGUUCACUACCUGGUGAAGUCAAGAGGUCAGGUGAUUUCUGCUGGGAAAGGCUCUGCUGAUCUGACUCUGGUCCCAGAAGUCUCCUGGGCUCCUCUGGCCUGCAUCAUCGUUUACUGUGUGCACCCCAGCGGAGAGAUCGUCAAUGAUGCAAUCCAGCUGCCAAUCCGCCAGUUUUUACAAAACCAGGUGUCUCUUAGUUGGAGCAGUGCUGUAAAGAGCCCAGCUGAGGAUGUCACCCUGAAGGUGAAUGUACUGGAGCCCAACUCAGUAGUCGGGAUCCUGGUGGUUGACAAGGCGACACAUUGGGCAGGAUCAGACAAUGACAUCACCCAGGAGACGGUGAUGAAGCAGAUGAAGGAGUUUGGCGAUUCCAUGGCUGACGGCAACAAUGAAAUGCCAAAAAUGGGGGAUCCACACUCUGUUUUUAAGUCAUGUGAUCUUGUGGUUUUCACUGAUGCCAGUUUGAAAGCCGCAAUGUAUCAAAUAAUGCACGACUUCCCAGGGGAGAUGAUGUUUUUCGCUACUGCGACAGAGGAUUUACGUGCAGAGCAACAAAAGGAACAACGUGUGCGAUGGUACUUUCCAGAGACCUGGAUCUGGAUAGACACCAACACGAGUAAUUCAAACACAAAGGAGAUAGCACUAACUGUACCGGACAGCAUCACAACCUGGACUGCCACCGCCUUUGUGAUGUCUGAGAAUCUGGGACUGGGAAUUGUAGAGCAACCAGCAGAGCUGACAGUGUUCCAGGAUUUCUUCCUGUCCUUAAAUCUUCCGGCCUUCAUCAUCCGGGGAGAGGAGCUGCUGCUGGAGAUCAUUCUAUUCAACUACCUCCAACAGGACCAGAAGGUCACUGUCACUGUUGCACAGAGUGAGACCUUUGAGUUCAUCUUCCCAGACAACGAGCAGCCCUCUACGCCCGGUGUUCAUCGGGUGUUUGUGAAGAGUGAAAGUGGAGCCACGGUCCUCGUUCCCAUCAGGCCGCUGGUCCUCGGGGAGAUCCCCAUCUCCGUGAAAGCCAAGUCGGAUGCAGUGUCUGACUUUGUCCACACAACGGUGCUAGUUAAGGCCGAAGGUCUCGAACAGUCGUUCUCCACCUCACUGCUGCUUGAGCUUUCACCGUCAGGGAUGAGCCUUUCCAGAAACGUUACCUUCACCUUCCCACCAGAUGUUGUGGAGGGCAGCGAGAGAGCUUCAGUGAUGGCUGUCGGUGAUAUCCUCGGUCCAUCCAUCAGUGGUCUGGACUCACUGAUCCAAAUGCCUUAUGGCUGUGGGGAACAGAACAUGAUUAACUUCGCACCAAACAUCUACGUUCUCCAGUAUCUGAGUGCCACAGGACAGGAUGACCAGAAAACCACCGACCAAGCCAUAAACUACAUGAUGCAAGGUUAUGAGCGGGAGCUCACCUUUCAGAGAGCAGAUGGCUCCUUUAGCGCCUUUGGAGACCAGGACUCAUCUGGAAGCACCUGGCUCUCUGCUUUUGUGCUGAGGUGUUUCCUGCAGGCACGGCCCUUCAUCAGCAUUGAUUCCAACGUGCUGCACAGUGUGGCAGCUUGGAUCGCCAUCCAGCAAAGGCAUGAUGGGAGUUUCUUGGAGCCCGGCAGGGUGAUCCACACCGAGCUCCAGGGAGGCCUGGACGGGCCUGUUUCUCUCACGGCCUACGUCCUCAUCGCCCUGCUGGAAGACGCUAGCGUCCGGGCUCAGUAUGAGACCAAGGUGUCUGCAGCCCUGAUGUACCUGGAGACCCAUCUUGCUCUUGGUGUCUCCAGCAACUACAGCCUCAGUCUACUCACCUACGCUCUGGCUUUGGCAGGGAGCUCCAAAGCCCAAUCAGCACUCAAUAAUCUGACAGGACGAGCUGAGAUAAGAGACGGUGUGCCGAUGUGGUUCUCCCUGGAUGACGGCCUGUCCUCAUCGUGGCAACCUCGUUCUUCUGACAUUGAGAUGGUGUCCUAUGUGCUGCUGUCUCAUUACAAGCUGAACUUAAUCCCAGAGGGUCUGAACCUCAUGAAGUGGCUCAGCCAGCAAAGAAACCACAGAGGAGGAUUUGGAAGCACUCAGGACACAGUUGUGGCUCUCCAGGCUUUGUCUAUGUUCGCGGCUCGCAUUGGGUCAUACGACAUUGACGUCACAAUCAGGGUGAACAUCGACCCUUCGACCACUGUCGCCUCCUUCCGCAUCAACCACGAGAACUACCUGCUCCAUCAGAGCCAACAGAUUACUCCAGAAGAAAGUUUAAUUCUGCAGGUGACAGCAGAAGGUCGUGGACUCGCCUUGUUUCAGCUUAACGUUUUUUACAACGUCAGGAACAACGAGAUGAGGAGAAGGAGGCGAGAAGCUGGCGAACAGGGAGCGUUUGAGCUGUACGGCGAGCUUUUCGACAGCGAAGUAAACACUGCACAUCUGUACAUCUGCACCAGGCUGGUGUACGGUCUGGGCCUCAGUGCAACGGGGAUGGCCAUCAUGGAGGUGGGGCUGCUGAGUGGCUUCAGUCUGUCGCCGGACGGCAUCGAGACUAACAGCGUUGUAAAGAAAGUGGAGACACAGCCGGGAAAAGUCAUCCUGUACCUGGACUCAGUGACAACGCGGGAGAUGUGUGUCCAGAUUCCUCUGAUUAUUGAGUAUAAAGUUGCCAAAGUCCAGGAAGCUACGGUCGUCAUCUAUGAUUACUACGAACCAAGGCGGAGGAUGGCGAGGACAUACACGUCGUGGUGGAGGAGCAGCAUGUCCUCCUGCUUGCUCUGCGGGGAAAGCUGCAGUCAGUGCAAACCAAACGGCGACUUCAGUCUCGACGAAGCCGUCUUCGAUACAUCAAACAGGAACAGCGUCCACUUCAAUUGGAGUGGUUUUCUGCCCAUACUGCUCCUCCUCUUCGUCAUCUUUGAUUUGUAAACAUGUCUAAACAAAAAGCUGCACAUAUAAAUCUGUCAGGCUCGAUUCAAGGUUGGAGGGAGCAGCUGUGGGGUUGUUAUUUUGUUUCUGACUAAAACAGAAAAUCGUGUUAGAGAUGCAGAAAGUCACCGGACUCUUCUUUGUACUGUCUAAAAAUAAACGUGACUGAUAAAUUUG